CGUGCUCUGUCCGGUUCUGGUUAUUUAGUGGUUCCUUCCUCUGUUCCUUUUUUUUUUUUUUGCUGCCGUUCCUCUUGAAUUUUUGUCGGAGGAGGAUUGAUUUCUUUCCUUUCUUUCUUUCUCUCUUUGUUUUUUUCUUUUGUUCGGUUUGGUUUCUCGCCGUUUCGUUUUCCUGCUGCCGGUCUCGGAUCGUCUUCCGUUUUUGAUAUUUUUUCCCACGAAUCGGAAGAUGUCUGGGUUCUCUAGUUCCUCGUUUUCCCCCGAUCUAAUUCCCUAAGUAGCUUGCUUGCUUGCUUGCUUUCUUUUUCAUCUACUUCUGAUUUAUCGAAUCUUUGCUCUUCCUUUUGCUCGCUUCGAUCUCCGCGGCUGAAUUCGCCGGCCUUCGCGUGCGUGUCUCGGUUCCCCCUGGUUGGUUUUUUUUUUUUUUUUCGGGGAGGGGGAGGGGGGUUUGGCGGGGGAAUUAUGAAGGCUGCUAGCGUGGAGCAGACGGUGGUGGAGAGGGUCGAGGAUGGGGAUAAGAAGGAGAAGAAGACCCGGCGCCGUCCGAGCCGCCGCUCUAAACAGAGCAACUCGAAUUCCGCUGCUUGCAGUUCAGUUAACGAAUCUCAAAGCGAUGUGGGUUUAUCCCUUGCAAAAAAAUCUCCCUCUACUGUCAAACAUUUGCUAUCAAAGUCGCAGGGGUUAGGCACCCAUCCCUCAGUUGAGCAGGAGUCAGCAAAAGCAUCGCAUGUCUCAUUCAAUUCCAUGCCGACAAUGCAUAUAAACGACGGAGCAGAUCAAGAACAAUUGCAGGGGGUUGCAAACUUUCGUUCACUUGCAUCUAACACUGGAGGAAGAACAUUCUCCGAUUCCUUUCCUGACCCAGUUGCAUGUGGAGGGUCAUCCGAGACAUCUUCUAGUAAGGAUUCGUGUACUUAUCGGACUUUGAGCUGUGAUCAGAGUAAGUCUUUGCCUUCGCAUUGGUCUGUGGAGGUUGUUAAUGACGCUCUAGAGAAAGGCGAUGUCUUCAGGGCAUUGUUUCGUGUCAAUGCUCACAAUAGACUAGAGGCCUACUGCAAGAUUGACGGAGUGCAGACAGAUAUUCUUAUAAAUGGCGUUGCUGUGCAGAAUAGAGCUGUGGAAGGUGACGUAGUGGCGAUUAAGAUCGAUCCCUUAACAUGCUGGACCAGGAUGAAAGGGUCACAUGGGUCUCCCAACAGCUCUGCUAUGACAGAAGAUGGUAAUGUCUUUCAGGAGAUCAAUGAGAUUUCUGGGGAUUCUUGCAAAGGCGGACAACAGUUAGAGAUUUAUUCCGAGCUUGAUUAUACCGGAAAUCCUAUAGUCUCUGGGAACGAUCACGGGGACCUCACUACUUCUGCAAAAUCUGGUCAGUCAAAAUUGAUUGGUCAAGAAAGUAAUCAUAGUAAUGGAUAUCACCCCUCCUCUUCAUAUCAUCUCGAGGGAGGGUCUUCUAGCUGGCAGAAUGAACCUGAGGAUGCAAUAGGGAAGAUCUCUUUUUUGAUCAGUUCUCACCCAUCAAAGAGGCCGACCGGAAGGGUUGUGUCCAUCAUUGAAAGGUCAUCACGUCGAGACACUGUUGUUGGUUUCCUUAAUGUGAAACAAUGGCUCACUUUUAAGGAAGGAUCCGGAAAGAUCAUUAAAAGAAAUAAGAAUUCAUCAUUUUUUUCGGAGCAUGAAUUCAUUCAGUUAACACCAACAGAUGCAAGAUUUCCGAAGAUGAUGGUCCUGGCAAAAGAUUUGCCUGAAGGCAUCAGAAAAAGAUUGAACGAUUUUGUCACUGCAAUGGAAAUGGAACUGGUUGCUGCUAGAAUUGUGGAUUGGUACGAAGAGAGUCCCUUUCCAUAUGCUCGUGUCCUGCAUGUCUUUGGACGUGGAGGCGAAAUGCAGCCAAAUAUUGAUGCCAUCUUGUUUCAGAAUUCAAUCAAUUGUUCUGAGUUCUCUCCUGAAUCGAUUUCUUGUCUUCCUUGUGUCCCUUGGAAUGUGCCGCCAAUGGAAUUCCGACGUAGAAAAGAUUUGAGAAAAAAAUGCAUAUUUACAAUCGAUCCUUCUACUGCCACUGAUCUUGAUGAUGCCCUCUCCAUUGACAUAUUAUCAACGGGCACGUAUAGAGUAGGCGUCCACAUUGCUGACGUGUCAUAUUUUGUACAACCUGACACAACCUUGGAUUCAGAAGCUCAAAGUCGGUCAACAACUGUCCACAUGUUGCAACGUAAGAUAUCAAUGUUACCACCUUUGCUUUCUGAAAAUUUAGGUUCACUAAAUCCUGGAGUUGAUAGACUUGCAUUUUCAAUUUUCUGGGAUAUCAGCAGUUCCGGGAAUGUUAUUGAUCGUUGGAUUGGUCGUACUGUGAUACGCUCUUGUUGUAAGCUCUCAUAUGAACAAGCUCAAGACAUUAUUGAUGGAAUUGUCGAUCUAGGGACUGUUUGUGCUUCAGAGAAUGGCCUCCCAGAAAUGCAUGGCAAUUUUGAGUGGUCUGAUGUAAUUACAUCCAUAAAAAAUCUUAAUGAUCUUUCCAGGAUCUUGAAGGAGAAUAGGCUUAAAGAUGGGGGUUUAGUGCUCGAGAACUCUAAAAUUUUGUAUUCAUUAGAUGAGGAUGGAAUUCCAUAUGAGAGUAUGCUUUGUCAACGGAAAGACUCAAAUUUCCUUGUUGAAGAGUUUAUGCUUUUGGCAAACAGGACUGCCGCUGAGGUCAUAGCUAGAGCUUUUCCUGAUACUGCAUUAUUGCGGAGGCAUCCUGAACCAAAUAUGCGCAAGCUACGGGAGUUUGAAGCUUUUUGUUCGAAACAUGGUUUAGCAUUGGAUACUUCUUCUUCUGGUCAGUUUGGGAAGUCAUUGGAGCAAAUCAGGGAAACCCUCAAGGAUGAUUCUGUGCUGUUUGAUAUUCUUAUUUCUUAUGCUACGAAGCCGAUGCAAGUUGCAACUUACUUUUGUACCGGUGAUUUGAAAAACAAUGAAGAUGAUUGGGGUCAUUAUGCGCUCGCUCUUCCUCUUUAUACUCACUUUACAUCUCCAUUACGCCGGUAUCCUGAUAUUGUAGUACAUCGCAUGCUUGCUGCUGCUAUAGAAGCUGAAGAGAUGUACCUGAAAAACAGUGCUAGGAACCAGGGAGAUGUAGUGACCAGGUGUUUUACAGGCAUUUCUUUUGAUAAUGAGGCCACUGGUUCUAGGGAGGGCUGCGAAGCAUUAUCUGCUGCAGCUUUGAAGUAUGGAGUUCCUUGCAGAGAACUUCUGUCAGAUGUGGCUGCUUAUUGUAAUGAGAGAAAGCUUGCGAGCAGGCGUGUCAAGGAUGCCAUUGAUAAACUAUAUAUGUGGGUUCUUUUAAAGAAAAAGCAGGUAUUAAUAACAGAAGCCAGAGUAUUAGGCUUGGGUCCCAGAUUUAUGUCCCUCUAUAUUCCAACAUUGGCGAUUGAAAGGAGAAUAUACUACGAUGAAGUUGAAGGUCUGUGUGUUGAAUGGCUUGAGACCACAUCUACGUUAGUGCUUAGUCUAUUUGCUUAUAAGUCCUCAGUUAGAAGAGGUUCCUUAAAUAAGUUUAGGGCACUUGAAGAUGCUGCACUAGUCGUGAGUUCAUAUGACCAAGAAGUGGACCUCGGUGGGUCUGCUGUGGGUGCGUCUAGUGCCACAGAAGUUAAGAAUUUGGACAUUUCGCGACUAAGCUCACAAAGUUCUGAAGUCGAUCCAAUGGUUUUUCCAAUGACAGUGCGACAUCUCUCCACCAUACCUGUUGCGCUUCAUGCGGUGGGUGGGGAUGUUGGACCUAUUGACAUUGGUGUGAGGCUGUAUAUGAGUACCUAUUUGAGGUGAAAUGGCGCUGGUUGCAAUGCUUCUGAAGAAACUCAAAGCAGAUGAAUAAUAGCAGGGCUUGGUUGGACUGGGGAAGUUUAUUGUAUAGAUGAAGUAGUAGAGGAGUGGUUAUAGGCUUUAAGAGAAGUUACUAAAGUUGGGAUGUUUAUUGAACUUGGUUAUGUUGACUAGUGUCAUGAGAGGUGCAUGUAUAGGUCGAUAUGGCUUUUGGCUUUAGUGGCUGUUUUUUAACAGAAGCUGCUUUGCUGGAACGGCCGUAUUUUUGUAGGCCAGUUCCUGACCUGGACUAUGGCUCCAAGCAUCAUUCUCUGACUCGGAAGUUCUGGAGCCGGUUUCGAGCUGCACGGGGAAGUAGACUUUACCCAGGCUGCAACCCAGGAAAUUUUUGGACUUAGGGUGGCCGCCUCUGCUUGUUCCGGUUUCAAAGUGUUCUUUAAAUGUUUACAUUUUGUGGUCGGUUGUCUGCUUGAUGUCGAAUGGCAGCACAUUCCGAUGAAUAACAUGUUUUUUUUCUUUUUAUGCAA